AUGUUAGCGGUCGGGCAGAUGGAGGCUAACCGGCAGAGUGCUUUCGUCCUGGGCAGCACCCCGCUGGCGGCGUUGCACAACAUGACCGAGAUGAAGACGUCCCUGUUCCCGUACGCGCUGCAGCAGAGCCCGGCGGGCUUCAAGGCACCUCCGCUGUCCAACCUCAACUCUCAGAUCGCCGGGGGCACUCCGCACGGAAUAAGCGACAUCCUGGGGAGACCCAUCACCACGGCCGGGCAGCUGCUGUCCGGAUUCCCCAGGAUAAACGGCCUGGCCACCACCGCAGCCGCCGCUGCAGCGGGGAUGUACUUCAGCCCGGCGGUGUCGCGGUACCCGAAGCCCCUGGCCGAGCUGCCGGGGAGGGCGCCCAUCUUCUGGCCCGGGGUGAUGCAGGGUUCUCCCUGGAGGGACCCGCGGGUUCCCUGUCCCACUCAGGCUAACAUGAUGGUGGACAAAGACGGCAAGAAGAAACACUCCAGACCGACUUUUUCAGGACAGCAAAUUUUUGCACUGGAAAAAACUUUCGAGCAGACAAAAUACCUGGCCGGCCCAGAGAGAGCCCGCCUGGCCUACUCUUUAGGAAUGACCGAGAGUCAAGUCAAGGUUUGGUUUCAGAACAGAAGGACCAAAUGGCGGAAGAGACACGCAGCAGAGAUGGCCACGGCCAAGAAGAAACACGACUCCGAGACGGAGAAGAUGAAGGAGAGCUCGGACAACGAGGACGACGACGAGUACAACAAACCACUGGACCCAAAUUCAGACGACGAGAAAAUCACGAGACUGUUGAAAAAGCACAAGGCCACCAACCUGGCGCUGAUCAGCCCCUGCAGUAACAGCUCGGACACUUUGUGA